AUGGCCUACUGCGUCGAUCUAGACACAUUCAGCCAAAUCCUCGAGAUGGACGAUGAUGACGAUCGUAGAUAUGAGGAGCGCAUGGUAACCCUUGUCUUCCCCUCCCUCCCCCCGCUACGGUUAAUGACCGAUAUACGCAGAGAAAACAAGGACCUUCCCACCCUUUUGGCCUUGGGGAAUCACCUCGAAGACUCGUCGGUCGCCGUCGGUAUGAGCAAAAUCACCGAAGCAGGAGAGAAGAUAGAGCACUACGGGGAGGGAAUGGACGAGACGGGCACUGUAAACGAGCCCGACGAGGAUGUUUCUCUCCAUAAUCCCCGGAACAGCUGA